AUUGGUGGAUUGAUUUUGACUUGAACAUUGGAAUAGUUUGGAACUGAUUAUUUAAGUCUGGACUUAAACAUUUCAGGGAUUGUGUUCAUUGUGCAAUAUGGGACAUGCUACACAAGCAGCACGAGAAGUAUUCAGACAAAAAUAAUUAACUACACUGUGACUUGAUUUUGUAUUCAUUUUAUCGCUCAUCGACCCAGCUUAUCAAUCUCGAAUACUCUACGAGAUCUGAGAUUAUCAACAGAUACUAAUGCGAUCGCUGCCCUUUAGGAGAGCCUCCAGAAACUACAUUUGCAGAGUCGACAGUGUUGAGAUGGUUGAUGGUAUGACCCAAAACGAAAGCUCCUCAAAUGAAGCUUUGGAAUGGCCCCUGGUCCAAGACGAUGACAGCGUGUUCUUGUCAACCUUAGAUAUAUUUGAGGUUACAAUCCUUGGGGUCUGCUUGCUGUUAAUUGUCACCACUAGCACGUUCAUUAUAAUCAUUCUUCACAAGGUUAAGGACUGCUUUGAAAAUGUGCAACAGUUGAUGUUCAAGUCACUGGCCUUCACUGACCUACUCACAGGUCUCUUCUGUUGCGGGUUGACAAUGACGGGGAUGAUCUUCAGGAUGGAGAGGACGUUGUCGCAUGUGAUGUGCGCCGUGGGAUGGGCUGCCUGUACGGGAUUGACCGGACUUUCCGCUCUCCUCAUCACAUGCGCGUGCAUUGACCGGUUCAUCGCUGUCGUCUAUCCUCUGCGAUACUGUUCUUUGGUCACCAUGAAGCGCAUCAGGAUCACACUCGCUAUUACAAGCCUCAUCGUCAUUGCGAACGCUGCACUGAGCACCCUCCGCGGUGGUUUUGCUGGCACCAAUCUCUGCCUCUCAGACUUUUCCUCAGAAAAACUCGCCUUUAGACCCUGCCUUGUCCCUAGUCUUCUCAUAACCAGUACGUCUCUCAUCGUGGCCACCGUUACCAAUAUCAAGGUUAUGUGUGUUUCUUCGGGUCAAGCCAGCCGUAUGACUGUCACCACUCCCAGUUGUACCAAAAACGACGUGGAAAAUAAAAUCAAUGUUAUCAGACAACGCCAAGACCACAGGAAAGGUCUCCUUGUACUUGUUGCAACCACCGUUACGUUUUUCAUCUCAUUGUCACCGUGUUUCAUUAUCUCUGCCUCACAUUUCAACAGGAGAACGGCCGUUACGAAGCCUCUGGCAAGGUACGUGUCGACCAUCUUGAUGUUCUCCAAUAGCUGGAUGAACGCCUUUAUUUUCAGCAUAUUUAACAAGAGGUUUCGUGAUGCAGCGAAGAAGGUGGUGUGUCGUCGCCUUUUGAAACGGUACUCAUGGAGAUACCAGUCCCGUAUCACCUUCGUACCUCCACAAUAACGCAUUCUUCUUGUUGGCCUACGUUCAAUUUUGCCAUGACAAACGAGAGAGGCACCCUAAACCUUAGGUUUAUUUUUGCAUUUUGAUUGAACGAUAUAAAAUGUAUAGGGCCUAUGUGAAAUGUGAUUUUUAAAUAACUGUGCAAUAAAUAUAAGAAAUAAUUGAGUUCCUGUCCGCUGUUUGUAUAAAGAGCUUCACAACGCAUACAUCGAUACUCGUUUUUAUAAAGUUCUGUAGGCAUUAUUUUCUGCUAUUCUUAUCAUGAAAUUUAAUGUUCUUUUUCUUCAUGUUUUCAACUUAAUUUUUAAGUCAUAU